AUGAAAUUGUGGCUUCACGCACUUCAAGCUGCGGUCACUUCUGAUGCAUUAUACAAAGCAAAAUCUAAACGUCAAUUGCGACAAAUCAUUCCUGCACUUUUAAAAAAUUUAACUGAUGGCGAGAUUGGUUUAGAACACUUACAAAGAAUCGAAAUGGAACAAAUGAAUAAUAAUGGUGAUGAUCAUUCAAACCCAAAUCAAUUUUCCAUAGAUUCUACAACAAUUUCAGCUGAAGGAAAUGCGCGCUUAGCUUAUAAUUGUUACAAACAAGUAUUUACAUAUGCCAAUACCUCAAAUAUUAAUAUGUCCCUUAAGCCAACUUUUGCCUUUCUAGAUGAUAAUAAUCUUUGGUUACCGUCAUCCUUUGGUAUUAGUUUAGCUUUUGUUGUCGUCUCUUCCUUGCAGAACUUGGAUGAUUUUAAAAGUUUAAACAAUAUUCGAGAUGAUGUGGAAGCAGCAGAAAAAGAAAAAGGGAAGGAAGAUUAG